AUGGCCCUGUUUCCGGAAACAAUCGCCAUAGUGAGAGGACUAAAACAGAGAGAUCCUCUAUUCCAAUCACUUUUUAUUUUAGCAGCUGACGUUCUUUCUAGAGCUCUUAACAAACUCAAUGGAAAUAACCAAUUCAUUGGUUUUUCCAUGGGACAGGAGAUUAACAAAGACAAAAGCUUUUUCCUCACUCAGAACUUCAUAGACAAAAGAACUAACAGAAGGAUCAAGAGAUGGACUGGCUUCAACCAGGCUAAAUUCCCAUUCACCUAUCUGGGUUGUCCAAUAUAUACAGGAAGGAAAAAAGUGUGCCACUUCUCUGACUUAGCAACAAAAGUCCUUAACAAAGCUGGUGCUUGGCAAGGAAAGCUUCUUUCUUUUGGAGGAAGAGCUAUCAUCAUCAAACAUGUGCUACAGUCACAAACCCUGUAUUCUCUCGCUGCAAUGGUCCCACCAAAGACCAUUAUUAGACAGAUAGAAAUGUAUUUGUCGAAUUAUUUCUGGGGUUUGAAAGAGGGGAAGAAAAGAUAUCACUGGAGCUCUUGGGACAAUAUGAGCUUUCCUUGGGAGGAAGGAGAUCUUGGUUUCAAGAAAUUACAAGAUAUAUGCUACUCUUUUGUGGCAAAAAGAUGGUGGACUAAGUUCAUAAAUGCUAAAUAUUAUCCUAGGUCCAAUCCACCGUCUAAAGUUAUAAACUCAAAUGACUCUAGCACUUGGAGAAACCUUCUGGAGACUAGGGAAAAGAUUGAGACAAACAUCCAUAGGAAGAUUAACAAAGGAAAUCGUUUGUUCUGGUGGGACAAAUGGACCUUAUUUGGACCGAUCAAGCAACAAGCCAACCUAUCAUACAAACCUGGCAACAACAAGACCAUGGAAUACUUUCAGAACCAGAUUUGGAAUAGGGAUCUUCUACAACAAAUAGUCCAUCCCAGGGUUAUUCAGGAAGUCUCUCAGGUCCACAUUGGAAAGCAAAACAUCAACGACCAAGCAAUAUGGACCCUUAAUGCACAAGGAACCUUCACAUGCUCCUCUGUCUAUCAUCUCUUGAGAAAGAAAAGAGAUCAUACACCAUGGCUAGCCAAAAUAUGGGAUAAAGAUCUAUCUUUCAAAAUCUCCUUCAACACAUGGAGAAUCUUGAAGAACAGAUUAUCUUUGGGAUACCAGAAGAGGAGACCAGGAAUCAUGUCUUUGCGUCAAGUGAAUUUGCUAAAAGGAUCUGGAGAACAGUUGGAUCACCACUGGGAUUACAAUCAAGCACAAAUACCAUCAUAA